UUUAUUUGUUUUAUAGCAUAAAUAAUCAUUUUAUAUUUUAAACACGUUCAGAUGUUGCUGAUUAUUUGUUUAAUAAUGUUUUAUACUGAAGUCCGCUAUAUCUGAAUUAUCCCUGAAUCUGGCAAUUCCAUUUUUUGUUAUGAGGAAAAUGGCUGUUUUUUAGUGAUGGAAUGCUUCAUAUGAGUGUGCUCAGAGAAUGGAAGUGUUUGCAAUGUCCACAGCAAGUACGUGGGGCUGACCAUUCCUAACAAGAUCUUCCGAAAAUUGGGACAAGAUAUAAUAUUCCCAACAGAGCUGAAGUGAUGGAGAUGGAUGCUUCCGACGUAGUCGUAGUGAACGUUGAGGAAGAGGAUGAAGAUACAAAGAAAACAUCGCUGAGCAGUGCUUCAUCACCACGGUCCAGCCAAGCAGAUGAUGCAACUGUGCAGGAUAGCGCACUCGCAGGAAACGGUGGCCAGGCGCUCUUUCAUUGUACGCAGUGCGACUUCUCUUGCAACAACGCCCACAUGUUGAACCAACACCUAAGAAUGCACGCAGGGGACCGCCCACACAAAUGUCAUGUGUGUGGGUUUGCUUUUUCACAAAAAGGUAAUUUGACGAGGCACAUAAAAACUCACUCGGAAGAAAAACCAUACAAGUGUCACUUAUGUCCCUAUGGGGCUCGACGACGUGAUGCGUUAAUGGCUCACGUACAGACUCAUUCUAGUGACAAAACGCAUAUUUGCAUAUGGUGCGGUUUGGCAUACAAGCAGAAAGCAUCAUUGCGAGACCACAUGAAGAAGUGUCCCUCUAGAGACCAGAUGGCCUCGCCCCUUUCCCUACAAACUGAACCCACAAUGCCGCCAAUUUACUACGACGAAACUCAUCUAGAUCGAAAUAACACCCACUAUGUGGGGUACCGAAUCCCAGACCAGCAUGUGAUCAAUGACGUUGAUCAUCUUACAAACUCAGAACGUGAGCACUCAAAAAGGAAAAGCUCCACCCCGGUUCGUAACCCCGAUGCUGCCAAGAUGUUUAAAAUGGAGGAAGAUGUACAUACGGAGGAGAAACACCACCCAGAAAAUGGGACCAGUAACGAGAAGGAUGCCCAGCCAGACAGUAACUCACAAAAGGGUCUAGAAAGUGCUCUUAGUAACGUCAUGCAGAUGUAUGGCCACAGUCCGGAAAGUGUGAGUCCGGCCCAUAAAGUGUUGUCUUCGCUGUCAGCAGCUUACACACCCGCGAUCACGUCUAUAUUCUCCCAAGCUGGCCAGGAUAAUCAUGUGACAUCUCUCCACCACAAUGAAGUUGAGCGCCGCUUUAACGAUCGCGAAGCACCACCGAAGGAGGUAAACACUCGAACAAUUGAUUUAAAUAGGACUCGAGAUUUCAUGUCUCGUGGGCCUAUCUCGCUGACCCAGCACCGCAGUGUUCGUGAAGUUCAUGAUACACACAGCGAUAUUAGUGAUAUGGAUAAUGGAAGUCUGCAUAGCGAAAUGGAAUCCUCACAUUCUCUGCCCCUGCCACAGUCAGCUAUACAUCAUGAACGUAUCCGCGUAAGCAGACUACGUAAUUCCGAGAAACAUGACAAAGAACCUCACAGCAUAAUAUUAUCACCCUCUACUGAACUAACGGUGCCGCAAAGAAGAGAGGUUCGCCAUGAAUCGAUCUCCGAAGACUGUUCACGUCUUUGCACCAAAUGUAAUGAGGAUCUUAACAUCUCUACAAGUUUCAAAUGCGUUCAUUGCCAGAUCAUUUUCCUUGAUCAUGUGAUGUAUACCAUACACAUGGGUUGCCAUGGUUUCCGGGAACCCUUUGAGUGCAAUAUAUGUGGCUACAAGUGUAAGGACAGAUAUGAGUUUGCCUCACAUUUGGCAAGAGGAAAGCAUUUUUGAUGUCUGCAAAUUAUAGAGGCUAUAAGUAGCGUAUUUUCCAAAGAUGUUUAAAAUAUGUAUCUAACCAUAUAUAUAAAUAUGUAUGUAUAUUUAUCUGUCUAUCUUUAUAUUAUAUAUAAAGAAUAUGAUUAUAUAAUAUACAUGUAUAUUGUACAAUUAUAUAUACAUGUGUAUGUGUAUAUUUAAAUUAAUACAUACUUAAAUGGAGUAUGUAUAGUAUAUAAAUAUGUAUGCCUAGAGUGUAUGUGCACCUGGCAUAUAUAUGAUAUAUGUUUAUAUAUACAUGCAUAUGCAUGGUAAGACAGUGCUUAGCAGAGGAUCUUAUUUCAUGUGUAGUUGAUCUGGCAUGUCUGUAUAUAUGUUGAUGCAGAUUUAGUUUUCUAUUGUGCAAAAAAGGAGUUUGCAGAUAUAACAAAUUUGAUAUAGUAAAAAAGGAUUUUGCUCUAAGAUCAGCAGGGGAAGGAGGCAUUAAUACUGGAAGAGUACCAGUAUUAACAUUUCUUUUUCAAACGUUUAGCUGCAGGAUGUAUCAAAGUGUAAACAACGUGUAGUACAUGUGGAAGAUUUAAGAGAUGCCUUUGGUCAUCUGUGUACAAUGGUGAUAUCGCAGAUGUUCUAGUAGGUGUCACAUAUAUUCUGAUGUCACAGGUGUUGUAGUGAUGUCAUAGGUAUUCUUGUGAUGUCACAGGUGUUCACUGGAUAUUCCAGAUGUUCUAGUGAUGUCACAGAUAUUCUUGUAAUAUUGGUGAUAUCACAGGUGUUCAAGUGAUAUCACAGGUGGUUAAGUGAUACCACAGGUGGUAUGCGCUUUCUCAGGGUUCUUGUUUGGGCAUAUAAGUUAUUAAAAUUAAUAGUCCAUUGCUGUUUCUUUUUGCCUACCUAUAUAAAGGUCUUUCCUCACAUCACAAAUCCUUAUUAGCUCUUCAUGCUUGCAUCCCACCUUGAUCAGUAAUUAAACUGAAGACAAUGCAUUCUAUUUGAAUAAAUAUGCUAAUGAGGAUGAGUGAUUAUGCAAAUGAAGUAUAUUGACAACUGGAGACUGACCUCAAAACUUCGGCCCUCAAAAUCCAUCCUGCAAAUUUAUUUAAGAAUAUGCCUUAUGAUAGCCAAAGACCCGUUAAAAGUGUUAACAAGUGUACAGUAUAUAUAUAGAUAUACAAAUUUAUAUAUAUAAAUAUAUCAGAUGAAGAUAAUAAAGCACUAUGAUUUAUUGAUAGGGAACGUGAGGUUGCACUGUGCAAGAUUAAAGCGCUUAAUGCAUUUUGUGACAACCUUUCUUUUGUCAUUUUUACCCAUCGCCGUUCCAUUUUGGUGAGAUCAGAUUAUUAUAGGAAAUCCUAUUAUAUAGGCUACGUACGGGUUGUAUACAUGUUGGAUACGUGUGUGUGCGUGUGAAAUUUGGGCAGAAGUAGUAGCCCUGGAUGGAUGUAGAUAUACUAAUUGCGUGUGCGAUGGAAGUUUAAUAUUGUGAUUUUGUGUAUUUUAUGAGAAAAACAAAUUUGAACGUGUUUAAAUGUCUGCAUCUAUUGACUGUCAAAAAAAAAAUGGAAUCUGUGUUCACAAUAGCUACACACAAAGCUUUCAGUGUGUAAGUGUCAUUCCAAAUAGCUCCCUCAAUUGUAUUAUCUGUCAUUAUUUGCAUCACAGAUCUUUGGAUGGAAUUUAUAUACAGUAAAUCAAAAUUGAAUUUGAAAAACCCUGAGAAAAUGUACCAUGUAAUGCUUAAAUGGAGUAUAUAUUUAUCAUCACAGUUUCCUUAGCACUAUAAGGAAUGUAUUAAAGUGAUGUUUGUAAAAUGAAACGUGUAUGAUAUUCAAAUUGUCUCCAAAUAAGUCACCCUAAGGAGAUUGUCACCAAGUGUUUGAAUAUAUAUGUCACCAAGUAUUUGAAUAUAUACUUAAAAGGGAAUGUGAUUGUAAGGAAAAGUCAUUGAUGGAAUAUUAGUAGAAAGUACUAUUGAAUUUCCACCAAUAAUGUACCCAAUGUGUCGAUGUGAUUGUCCCACCUUGUCCAAUGUAAAUGAAAACAUGUACGACUCUAAAAAGCAAGUACUAAUUAGUGAGAUAAAAAUCACAAUCUUAUUUCCUUGAUGCUUAACAGUGAUGUGGACUAAUUCGUAUUUAAUGAUAUUUGGCAAUCAGCAAAGGAGCUGAUUUAUUUAUUGAAUUCCCAGCUGUGCCUUGUACCUCCAUAUUUUCUCCAUCUACGCAUGGAUUAGUGUAACUACUACUGCUACCGCCACUUAUCCCACCAUCUAUACUGCUACUACUCUGUUGCCACUACCAUCACCACCAUCUUCACUACCACCACCAUGUUUACCACCACCAACUUCACUGCCACUAUAGUAAAUUCUAUAUGGCCACAACCAUGACCACCAGGUUUUUCACCACACACCCACUGUUAUUACUACAACUAUUAUUAAUACUUCGACAUUUUAAUACUUUCCAACAUGUUUUUCUGUCACAUACCACUCUAUCCCUGCCUCUUUUCCAUCUAUUUUCCCCCUCCCCUCUCUUUUCACUUUUUUGCCCUUUCUUGCCUCUCUUCUAUCUGUUUCCUUUGUCUCUUGCCUGUUUCUUCUCUUCCAUUUGACUUUUUCUCCUCUCUCUUUCCCCUCUCUCAUCCAUCUUUUCCCCUCCUGCCUCUUUUUUGGUUACAGCAGUAGUAUUUCCCAUGUAUACAUGGAUAAAAAUGCAACCACUUUGCUUAUAUCAACUCAUAUGCAAUUUUCCACUCAGUUAAAGGUGUGUCAGAUAAGAGAUUAAGUAAAUUGUAAUGAGCAAGUAAAAUAGUAUUAUCAGUAAUAAUUGAAAAUAUGCAUGUAAAUGUAUAUAUUUCAUUUGUAUGUUGCAAACAAAAAUUUUACGUUUAAGGAACAUAUUUAUUUUGAACCUUUAUAUUUUUAAUUAGUUGGGUGUCAAGGCAACAGAGAUCUAAUUAAGUCAUGGCGAUUUUUUUUUUUUUUUGCAAUUAGUUGCCAUGCUAUUCCAAAUUUUCAACCUAAUUAUUAUACAGUUUAAUAGAAAUAUUUAUAUUGUAUUAUCUCAUGCAUAGAUACCCAGUAAAAAUAUGAUUGGUUCUUUUGUCAUUUGCUUGCUGUGAAAUGAAUAGAAAAAAUAUAUAUAUUUUAUGUAUUUUUGAUAAUGAUUUGAAAUGUGAAAACAUUUUUGUAGUGAUCAUGGUUCACGAUUUUUUAAUGAAAUUAAUUGCAAUUGAGGUUGAAGUAGUUAAUGUUUGCACAGUACUCCCAUUUCAAUUUUAUGAGUAUUUUUUUCUGAAUUUUCUUUAAUUCUGUUUGUGAUAUCUUUGAUGUGUGUAGAAUUAAUUAUUUGUGUUCAAAACACAUUUCUGCUUACUGUUUUAAUGGUGUUAAUUUGUUCUAGAUUCUACCAGUUUUGUGAGCGUGUGCAAUUCGGGUCAUUCUUUUUAUUGUGUAAUUUAGAUUGCUUGAUUCUCAUCUUCUGAAAGCCUUGCAGAUAAAUUAUGCACCUAUUAAUGAUAACCUAUAUAUAUAUUUAUUAAUGCUCAAUAAUUGGCCGAGAAAUUUUGCCUUUUCUCAUUAAAUGGUUAAAUAUUUUUUAAAAUUUAAUAAAUUUAAGCAUUAUAAUAAUAUGCCUUUUACCUAAUCACAGGCAUUUAAUGCCUUUUUAUGUUUACAGAAAAAUUUUAAUUGUAAUAAUAUUUGAAUUGAUGAUAGAUAAUUAAUUUAAUGCUCCCAAAUGUAUGGCUGAUUUUGGUAAACUUUUACCUCAAAAUCGAAGCCAUCUAUUGGUUAUAUGCAAAUUAAAGUUGUAACUUUCUGUCUUACUGUUUUUACAACAGUGAAAAAUAGUUGCAACUAAUUAUAGAAUAUAGAGGGCGCAAUUUAUUAUACACUGGUAUUGUUACCACUUAUACAUCUGUAUUUAAUUUUUAUGGAUAAGAAUUAGACAGUACUUGUUUUGGGUUCCAUCAUUUAUGGCACUCUGGCUUCAUGUGCUGUGAAAGUAAAUGAAUUUAUUGAAGAAUGGAUUAAUAAUUUGUUAGCCAACUCAGAUUUGCCUUGAUAUUUAUGGAACACAGUAUAAUCAAUGUAAAGUAUUAUAGUACCAUCGUACACAAGCUAUCAUAUUCACAACCAUCAGCAUUUUCAUUCAUUAGACAUCGAUAACUUCAUCAUGGUUAUCAUUUUAACAUUCACCAUUUAAUUUACAGUAGUACCACCAUAAUCCAACACAAUCAAAUUAUCUGUUGAUGUUCACUAUCUUUCACCUUUUUAAAUCAUUUGAUGGUCCUAAAAUUAUUACCUUGAGAAACUUUUCCUUCCUUGCUUCUGUUUUACCCUUUAGUUUUUAAGCUUCGAGGGAUGUUGUCGUCGUUGAUGUUUUAUUUGCUUGUAAUUUUAAAAAUUUGGCAGUUUCUUUGAUAAUGAAUAUACAAUGUAGAAAAUGUUGUACGCUUUGUAAAUGUCUAUGUUACUUGUUUGCAGUCAUCUCGGCAUCUUUUAUUUAAACGAAGAAUGCAUGUAGAUAACCAAUUAAGAGAGUGCACACCUUGAGUAAGUAGAUAAUGACUAACAAGUAUUGUUAAUUAGGGUGAAGACUGUAAGCUACCUUUUUUGAUUGGCAGGACCAAGGGGGAAUGUUAAGUGAUUGUGACACCAUUAGCUGGUCACCCUCACCCUGGAUUCCUUUUCUUGUGCCUUUUUAAGUUCUGAAAAUAAAUGAUGACUUUGCCAAGCUAAA